AUGCAACUCGCCGCUAACUCCGAAGUAGGUGCGACUUUGCGUGAGAUCUUCAUAGCAGUUGAAGAGUUCUACAAGAGUACAAGCCGUGACUUGGAUGCAAGAACGCAGAAUGUGGAUCGCCGUUUCAAGGCCAAGGUCUGGUCAUGGCUUAUGCGUCAUACAGAGGUGUUUGUAAAACCCGACGGCGAUUGGGAAUGCAUCACUCUCGACGAGGCCGAGCAGCGAGAUAGUGAACUACAGCAGGCGGAAGCCGGUGGUGUGCGUGCAGAGUCAGACCCGGAUGAAAUUGCCUUGUCUUCUCCGGGCGUCCGGAUCUUUGUUACAAAAGAGAGAAUGUGGUACGCUCUUACAGGCCACGAGCCAGACGAUUCCAAAGUACCUGCGAGCGAGUUUCUACUGCUGUCAAUCAUUGCUGCACACAAAUCCAAUGGUAUUGCCCAGACAGAUCUCGUGAGACUGAGUGGUCAAGACAAACGCUCGGUUCCCAAGCGAACCGACGCUCUUGCGCAAAAGGGCUACGUCGAGAAGCGCCCGAUUCAGAUCAAGGCAGCCCGCACAAGUCUUGUCACUUUCCGCCGCUUCUUGAAACCAGCAACUGGUGAAUCGACCACGGAAAGCUCAUCAGCAGGGCCGGGGGCUCGACCGCUCAUUGAUUUUGACGCCUUCACAGAAAAGCUCUUUGGAACCCUCAAGGAAUUCGGCAUCAUCUCCCGCGACGACCUUAAGAAGCGACUGGAGUUCAAUGAUCGUUGGCGCUGGCGCAUUCUAUCUCGGGUACUUCGCAAAUAUGAACGUAUUGGCGUACUGAAGCGGGUCCGAGCGAAAUCACAAUACGACAAGUAUCAUCCCUGUGUGAUGCUUUUGCGGGAGCCGACCGAAGCCGACUUUGCCAAAUUCAAUGCGGCAAGCGGAGAACUGAGUGGAAGUGUUGAUGACCAGGCCGACGUCGACGAUGAUAUUGAGGAUGCAAGGGAUGGCGCAGGAGCUGACGCAGAUGACGGCACUCUUGAGAUGGGACAAGAUAAACCCGUCAUCGACUCAGGAAGAACUGUACCUUGUUGGACACCAGAUCGCCUCGUGGGGAAUCAGAUGUUCGAUGUCGUGCAUCGCGCCGGGACCGCAGGUAUCACCAAUCAAGAGAUCAACCGGAUUCUAUUUGGUAGCCUUUACCGUCGACCUUCCGAAAAUGUACUUCACCGUUUGACCGAUUGCUGGCAAUUGUCACAGCCACCGCAUCUUCGACAUCUUGGCAUUCUCAGGGAUACGGCCAUCGAAAGAACCAUUUUCUUUUAUGUACAUUACUCGAUCCAGAAUUUUUCCAAAAUGGUGGAGAAAGGCGACGCGUCAUGGGAGGCAGUAGAAUUUCCUCCAUCGAAGCUGAAAGCUGCAAAGUUCAAUAUUCCUUCAGUUGAUGCAAAGGCAAAGCGUGAUCAAUAUGGCUUCCAUGAGCCAACUGUCAUUCGAAAUCUCGUCAAGGAUGGCAAGGCUAGUCUUUUCGAGGCGGUCGCUAUCUGCAAACCACCAACGUAUCUUUUGUCCAGCAGCGAUCCAAUGCCGCAUGUUGCCGGGACUAUCAUACCAUCGCCAAUCAGUACUCGUCCACACGGUGGUCGACCGAAGGGUCCACGACCAAAGGGAGAUUACAAACGAUCAGCUUUGUCCAAGAUGGAGAGAAGCUGUCCCGCCACAAGCACAGCUCGAGACACUUCCGAUGGGACGAAACUCCAUGACAUUCCCCCAGCGGUUCCAGACCAUCUCACGUGGGAGCAGCCAGUGCGAUGGACGCCCAGAGCAAGCAAUAAGCGGGUGAAGUUGGAGGGGCUGUCUGAGAAGGAGCGAUUCGAAGCUCUGGGCAUGGAUGAGACUUGGACUGAAUACAACGUCUUAGUCAAUGAAUGUCCCAAUCCGGGCGUCUACGUUACGCCUCAGGGCAAGCGUAGACCCGCAGGAAAAAGGCAGGGUCGUCCCGCGAGAAGUCGUAUCGCUGUUUUUAGAUCAGACAAAAUUGCCCAAUUCCCAUGGUUCAAAGAUAACACGGAAGAUGCAGGCAAGAAGGCGGAAGCUGGACUUGAAAACACUCCCACCAAGUCUAAAGCCCGCCGAGGUGCUGUACCCAUUGCUGUGGGGGGUGGAUCUGACACUACUGCGCCUGUGAAUGUUAAGCCAGCUGCCCAGCUUCAAGUUACAACACGCGACUUCUCACGGAAAAGGCAAACUGUCGCUUUGACUGAGCCUUCAACUUCUGAAGUUGCGGCAACAUCCGAAGAAAGUUUAGAACGACCGAAAAAGCAGCCGCGCAUUGAGGGAUCUGACAAAGAGAUUUCCGGUUCACUGUCUGUGGUUUCUCAGGAUGUUCCUCCAGAGACACAGUCUGCUCCUGGAAGCACCACACCGGCUGAUGCGGCUAUUCAACAACCUACGAAAGCUGCGGCAAGGAUUCUUACACCCCAAAGGCUUCGCACGGCGUCUCCAGCCCAGCCAACACCCGCUAAAAAUAUGCAAACAAGUCCGGCAGCUCAUCCGUCCAGCGCCUCGCGAACCAGAAAUCCUCCUCCUUUCUCGAGAGAUUGGCUUUCCAAAAACUUGAAUCCUUCUGCAACAAAGCCAGGCCAUGUGACGAAGCUAGCUCAAGGUCUGGCGGAUCGCGGAGGUUCCGUGAGCUUGUUGAGGAAGAAGAUUCUCAUGGAGAUCAUCGAAAAGGCUGGUGGUGCCUACCCUUCCCUCCCUGAAAUUUGGUUCCCAUUUGCCACGGCGUGGCUUAGGCGGAAGCAAAAAGAACGACCGGAUAAUCGGACUGUCAAAACAGCAAUUAGAAAUUUGGUCGAAGCUGGCAAGCUACGGCAGUUGACAUUCUGUGGGAAAGGUCCCAAGGGGGCAAUGGUGACCCGAACCAUCUUGGCGAAGCCCGAGAUGUCCUCGGACGAUCCCUUGAUCAAAGAUAUGCAACGAAGGCUGCUGGCAGCGACUGAUCAGCGCCUCUCUUACUCCCCGAAUGUGGAACUGGACCCGGAGCUCACCAAAUAUGGAGGACAAAGUGGUAUUUCGAAACUUUGUUUACCGCUGGUGUCAGGCGCAACUGUUCAGCUGCAGGAGAAGCCUGCCACCGUUCUCGCCGAAGAACAGAGGACUGAGCGUCGAGUUCAGAAGGAGCUGCUGAAGAAGCUGGAGGAUCAGCUGGGGAUACCCCACGAUUCUUCAAACCAUGGCACCAAGCGCCUCAUGAAAAUUGGUCGCCGACAGCCCCGGAAGUCUGGUUCAGAAUCUCAGACUCUGAUCUCUCGGCCUGGCUUGGUCGGAGACGGGAAAAGGGCUAGGGUUGAUGGCGCACGGCUGUACAAACACAUAUCGGCCAUUGGACCUCAUGCGAUGCUGAUGCAUCCGACGCAAUUGUUCAACGAGUAUUCUGGCACCUUUGGCACAUUUGGAACAGCCAGAGCACCACGAAUCAUGCCCAAAAAGCUCUCCAGCGGCGAGUUAGUAAACUCCGUCCGCGAAUUAGCCGAGCUUGCUUCAUCAUCAAAUACGAUCGAAGGUGGCCAAGAGACGUCAUUUCAUUCCCAAACCGAUAGGAUUCUCCGAUGGGAACUGGACCACGAGGAGGUGUUUGACGAAAGCUACAAAGAGACUGCAGGGACGUACAUUGGCCAAACCGUUAGUGGCGAGUUUGAACAGGUGCGCAUCUCAGGUGAUAUUCAGUUCGUCGCCGAUAAGACCGCUCUGCCUCGGACAAGGAGCUCUAUGGUGACCCGGGGAAUGGGCCUGCUUCGAGAACUGCGGCCUGGGCCCCAACCGUUCCAUGUUUUCAAUGCAGGCCCUGCUCGUCGUCGUAUCGACGGGAUCGAUACGUCGAUUCGCAAUCGGGACAAUGUCCUGCCGGAUGAUGUUAGGGUACAGCGACCUCGCCGUCGGGGUCUCCUAUCGCUCGAUCAGACUUUGAACCGAAAAAUCAUGGUGGCUAUCGUUGCGGUACGCGUCUUGGCAGGUGGCUCUGAGGCCAUUCGAAUUGACUGGGAUCUUGUGUCAGCGGCGUUUCCGAAGCACGACCAUGUCUUUAUUCAAGACCAUGCUCGAAAUAUUCUUAGCAAGAGUCGCUUGCAAAUGGCCGGUAUGCAGCGAGAUUUCCAGGAGCGGUUCCUCAAAGCCUACGCCGAAGGAAAGGUGCCGCCUAUUGAUUACAACCACCUUGGUCGGUACAAUUGGCCGGCGCUGGUUGAGUGGGCAAACAUUGAGCUCGAAUUCUCCACCUCGGAAAAGGCACCGCUGCUUCCUGCGACUAGGCAAGAAUUCGACAGUAUCUUUGAGCUCCGGCCCGAGGCCAACCCAACAGCCGACGAGUUAUACGUCGCCACCACAGGCAUCACACUCAACUUCAAGCGUGGCGUGCUAGCUCAUGUUCCAUUUGCGGUCAAAGUGCCCGCUUCAGAUGUUGACCAUGGACGAGUUGGACCUCGCAAGGCCGAGCUUGCUCGUCUCGACGUGGUCAAGUCUUGGGUGCGUGCCAACGUGGCCGCAUCAGAGUCAACGUACGAUCCGGUCAAGGCGGAGGAAGCUCUCCGUCCAUUCGGUUCAUCCAUGAUCAAUUCUGCGGUCCAAUCCCUUCUCACCGAUCGGGUUAUCAGCAUGGGUAACAAGGGCCGACUAGUUCCUGGCCGCAACUACGACCUGACCGAUCAUGUACUGGCCUCUCUCAGCCGCAAACGACUCAUCGACUGCCCCAUCCUCAAGCGUGCAGCAUAUUUUAAAACAUCUAUAUUGGAUACCAAGCUUCGUCAAGGCGGCUCUCACGAUGUCUUCUACCACGCCGAGGACGGCGACAUCCUCGCAAUCAUCAAUCUCUUCAAUGAAGGGCACGUCACCCUUCGUCCACGUGGCCAACCGCGUGAUAAAUGGGGUCUCACAGACGGCGGGUAUCUCACCCGCCAAAUGGACAAAAAUCGACUACGGUUCGCCGUCGAGGUUCAUCCAACGGAUUCCUACGUCUGGGGCAACCCCAUUCAAGACCAAGUCGCCAAAAUCCCGGCGCCCAUGCCGCCUGCCUCGAAGGAUGCGAAAUCCCCGCCCAAGUUGCCUCUGUGGUUCGACAUCCACGGAUUUUUGAUCCCGCAACUGUGGGAAAUGGCCAUUGCCAGCGUUCUAGGAUGCGUGGUGAUGCGCCAGGGGCUCAGCGCCGAACGGAUCUCUAGCAUGAUCAAACCUGCGAUGGGGGCCUGGGAGAUUGAAUUGCUGCUGAAUUGGUUGAAGGACGUUGGUGUGAUGGAUCGGCGAAGCCGUAAUAAGAAGAACGGAUGGAUGGUUCGUCCAUGGUGGUGGUUGGUUUUGACCGAGGGGGUCGAGAAAGACACCCGGGCGGGAGAGAACCUUGCGAGACAAGACAACACGACGUCGUCGAGUACCGGGACUGUCUCACAAGCGGUGGGCUCUUUGGCGGUUACUUAG